UGUGUUGAUGUUACUCAAUUUUUCUGGAUUUUGUGUUUGUUAACUGUCGAUGCUUGGGAUAAAGAUGCUGAAUUUGUCUAAGGCUAGACAAGAAAUGGGGGAGUGAAAGUGGAACUAGAUACAAAAUAGGCAGUGAAGUCAGUCACAAGACAAAGCCUGUCCGCCUCAUCUUUGUUGUCUUGCCUCUCUUGCCACGUCCAACUCUUUUACUGAUGAAGUUUUCCACUGUACUGUGAAGGAGCUAAUCAUCCAUAGUACCGAAAAUUUUUACGGACGCUGCCAUCUUUUCUCCUGUUUAUGCUUUUUCUCCCCUCCCCAUGUUUGACGUUCAGUCCCCAUGUGCCCUUUGAUUAGUUUAUGUCUUCCAAUCCAUGUUACAUUAUUCACUCUCUCUCUCUCUUCUUUGUUUAUUGAACACGGACUCUUAUCUUUUUCCGUGAUUCUGUCUGCAGAUCAAGAGUCGAUUUCUGCACACCCACAGAGAUUUAUAAUCAAAACACCCAAAAGCCUAUCGACCCUUUUAAUAACUUGCCAUCUCCAUUGAGGUUCACUGAGAAAAGAUUGGAUCUUUCCGCAAGAAAUUAAUUUUCCCCUGUUCCACUUUUUGGGGAUUCUCCUCAUUUCCCGAUGAAUUCGGAAGCAUCUUUUUAUGGUCUCCGAGCUCUCUUGUUUUCUCUCUUCCGUCCUUAUCAAGAGCUGCACUCUCUUCACGUUCUUCUUCAUUGCUCUCUGUGUAUCUGAAACGUUUGGUGUUCCCAUUUCUCUUUGCCACGCCUUGAAGUUUUGAAGGUGGUUUGGUCUUUUCGAAAAUAAAAAAAAAGGUCCUUGAUUUAGGGGACAGUGCAUUUAUGAAGAGGCAGUAGAUUGCAGGACAUGUCUUAUCCGUUGGUACUGCUCAAUGAACCUUUUCCUUCUGUUUUUGGAGUGCGUUCUGCAAUUUCAGUACGAAAUGGCGUAGAGCUACUAGAAUGACGUGCUUCAGAUAGUUAUCAUGUUCUUUUUUGCUUGAGAGAGAGAGAGAGAGAGAGAGAGAGAUGGAAUCUGGAAGUAGAAUUUACUCAGAUGAUGAUUUCCGAGUGGAUGCUAAAUGGCUUGUUGAUGCGAAGAAUCUGUUCGUCGGGCCAAGAAUUGGAGAAGGAGCGCACGCCAAAGUCUACGAGGGAAAAUAUAAAAACCAGACGGUUGCCAUAAAAAUGGUCCAUAAAGGGGAGACUCCAGAGGAAAUUGCCAAGAGAGAAGCACGAUUUGCAAGGGAGGUGGCCAUGUUGUCUAGAGUUCAGCACAAAAAUUUGGUCAAGUUUAUUGGAGCCUGCAAGGAGCCAAUAAUGGUGAUAGUCACUGAGCUUUUAUCAGGAGGUACUUUACGUAAAUAUUUGCUAAAUAUCCGCCCAAGAUGCUUAGAGACACGGGUUGCAAUUGGUUUUGCCCUUGAUAUUGCACGCGGAAUGGAAUGCUUGCACUCCCAUGGGAUUAUACAUAGAGAUCUCAAACCCGAAAACUUGCUAUUGACUGCUGACCAGAAAACAGUUAAAUUAGCAGAUUUUGGUUUAGCCAGAGAGGAGUCAUUAACGGAGAUGAUGACUGCUGAAACAGGGACUUAUCGUUGGAUGGCUCCAGAGUUAUACAGCACCGUCACAUUAAGGCAGGGAGAGAAGAAGCAUUACAACCAUAAAGUGGAUGCUUAUAGCUUUGCGAUUGUGUUGUGGGAACUUUUACACAACAAAUUGCCUUUUGAAGGCAUGUCAAAUCUUCAGGCAGCUUAUGCAGCUGCAUUCAAGAAUGUGAGGCCUAGUGCUGAUAAUCUUCCGGAGGAAUUGGCUACUAUUCUCACUUCGUGCUGGAAAGAGGAUCCUAAUGAUCGCCCCCACUUCAGCGAAAUAAUCCAAAUGCUCCUUAAUUAUCUAUACGCCGUAUCUCCUCCUGAACCAGUCAUUCCUUUGCGAAUCUUCACUUCUGAGAACAGAGUCUUUCCGCCGGAAUCACCUGGUACAAGCUCCUUGAUGGCAAGACGCGAUGCCUCGGGAGAAACGCCUAAAGCGAGGGACAACAAACCAAAGGGCUGCUUCUCCUGCUUUGACCAAUGUUACUAACUUUACUAGACAAAGCUAGAAUGGUUGGGAGUCUGGUCUUUCAUUGAGUCAGCCAACUGUAAAAGAAAGGAAAGUUUGGUCUUGCCCCAUCUGUUUACUUUGUACCCAGAAAGGCUCAGCUAUGCGCGUUCAUUGCACAGUCAAAAUGAAAGGGCAAAAAAUGAACACUUUUUUGACAUUUUCCAAAAUAUGCUACCAACCACAAAUGCUAUAUUUCCCUUUUCUAAGUGCUCCAGAAUGUCUUUCAAUGGAGCUUAACAAGUUUCCUGGCA